GUGUAGCGAAGAAAUAGAAGGUUGUUGCACCUAGAGCACAUGACUGCUGUUUGCUUCCAUUUAAUGUUGUUGAGAUUAGAGGAAAAAGAGGAGAAGAGAAAACAAACAUGGCGGAUCCUUCAUCCUCUUCUUCUUCUCCCAAAUUCGUUUAUUUUGUAGUGAUUCCGUUAAUCAUGCUCUCCGCGCUUGUGCUUAUAUUCAACCACAAGCCUUCUUCCUCCUUUUCCUUCCUAUUGCCGCCCCAACCUCUCUCUCCCACCUCCGCCGCCCCGCCUCCAGUAGUUGAGAGCAAGAGAAAAUAUGGCGAUUUAGAUAUGGUGGAGGCCAGUUUAGCAAAAGCUCGAGCUAACAUCCACGAAGCUCGAACGAACAACGAGUCAUCAUACGACGCUGACUACAUCCCACACGGCCCACUCUACAGAAAUCCCAAUGCUUUCCACAGGAGCUACUUGGAAAUGGAGAAAACGUUGAAGAUUUACAUAUACGAAGAGGGAGACCCUCCGCUGUACCACUACGGCAACAGCCUCGGUAUCCUCGGUAUUGAAGGCAUCAUUCUUCAUCAAAUCGAAAUCUCCAGCUUCCGAACCACAGACCCUCUCAGGGCCCACCUCUUCUUCCUCCCGAUCAGCUUCCAGUCCAUCUCCAACUACGCUUAUGUCGUACACAACCGCGCUUGGUAUCCCUUGCAGAACAUCGCCAGAGACUACGUCAACCUCAUCUCCACGCGCCACCCUUUCUGGAACCGCUCUCUCGGCCGCGACCACUUCAUCGUCGGCUGCCAUGAUUGGACGCCGAAAAUUUCUAUUGGUGCGGAAAAUCUGUACAAGAACUCGAUCAGGGUCCUCUGCAAUGCCAACACCUCAGAAGGGUUCAAGCCGGGGACGGAUGUGUCAAUGCCGGAGAUACACCUACCCGAAGGCACCACGGACGGGCUGAUUGGAGGGCCACCAGCAGAGGAGCGCUCUGUUCUAGUUUUCUAUGCGGGAGGGAUCCACGGCUACAUCAGGCAGGUCCUGAUGGAGCAGUGGAGGAACAAGGACCCCGAGGUUCAAGUCCACGAGUAUCUCCCCGAGAACAUGUCCUACUACGGCAUGUUCAGGAGGAGUAAGUACUGUGUCUGUCCCAGUGGAUGGGAGGUGGCCAGCCCUAGAAUGGUGGAGGCCAUCUACAUGGGCUGCAUUCCGGUGCUGCUCAAGGACCACUACGCCAAGCCAUUCGACGAUGUUUUGGAGUGGACUAAGUUUGCAGUUGAGGUUGAGGUGAAGGAGAUUGCAAACUUGAAGAAGAUAUUGAUGGCUGUACCUCGAGAACAAUAUUUGGAGAUGCAGAGGAAUGGUGUGAGAGUGAGGCGCCAUUUCGAGGUUAACUUCCCUCCUAAACGCUAUGAUGUGUUUCACAUGAUUCUGCAUUCUGUGUGGCUUAGAAGAAUCAAUGUACAACUCCAUCAACCACAUAUUUGACCAAUUCCAUCAUAUUGUAUGCAUCUCUCUUUCUUCUACUACUAGUAUAUUUUUUCACAACUAUACAUAUGUGAUCUGAA